CCACCCUUGUCAAGCGCUAGCUGGUCCCUUUCCUUCAUCUCGGCGGUCCACAGCCCCCCAUGCAGGAGUCCUGGUUUUAAGGGCAAAUUGGCUUAAAGCAUACGUUGGUGGUCCCUAGCUUCCCAGGAACGAGUUCUGGUUUUGACGGCGAAGUGGCUUAGUGGGUGUUGUUGAAGUCUUGUGGCGGGGAAAGUAGGAUGCUAGACGACUUGGGGCCUAGAUCCGACGGUCUAUAUCUAGCGAUUGUUCAUUUAUGUCAUUGUGUCACUUUUCCUGACGAUGAUAUUUUCUCUCCGACACGUCCCCAAUCAUUGCCCUUGUUGUUUGGUGGAGCUGAGAAUCAAUGGCGCCUAUGUCAGCCGCGGAACGAAAGGUAUUUUUAGAUAAAGCAAGGGCGAAGAAGGUAGGAAAAACGAAGGAUUUAGUGCAAAGUGAUCCUGCUUGGGUUAUUCGUUGUAAAUCAAAAAGAAAGAAUGAAGUCUCCCCUCAGAAGAAGAAAGAAAAGAUAGAAAAAGGCGAGUCAAAUAAGGAGUUGAGGAAGGAUGAAGUAACAAGACUACUUGAGUCUGAGACAUCUCCGUUCACUCAAUGUAUAUUGUGGAUAUGGAACGGUUCUAGAUACUCUGGUUUACUAUGCAUGGCUUUGUCAUCUUUCCUUUAUUUUCUUAUGGGAGUUCUUUCCAAUAUUUUUUCUGUUCAGGCAAUUCCUUUGUUUGAGACUGCUUUUACAAGAUGUACAAUUAUCUUGAUACUGUCAUAUUUGUGGUUAAGAAGGAGUGAACAACCACUGUUUGGAACAUCCAAUGUUAGAAUCAUUUUACUUUUAAGAGCCCUUGCAGGUUGUAUAUCAAUGUCAAGUUUUGUAUAUUGCUUUCAGAAGUUGCCUUUUGUUCAGGCUGUUGUGUUGAAUUCAACAACUCCAAUCAUGGCUUCAGUAAUGGCACGGUUCUUUUUGCGUGAGAAAUUGAAAAUUGCGGAUAUAGCAAGUCUUGCUUGUAGUUUCUUCGGUGUGCUCUUUUUCUUCCGAGAAAUGCUUGCUACACAAGGACAGUUAGACAAAGUUGAUGAAGCAAGCAAUGCAAAUGCUAAGCCAACUCAUCAGAUAUUUGCAAUCCUAGUGGGCAUAUUUUCAUCAAUAAUUGGUGGAACUAGUUACUGUCUUAUAAAGGCUGGAGCUAAAGCAUCUGACCAGCCACUGUUGACUGUCUUUUCAUUUGGCAUACUGGCUAGCCCUGCAAUGGGAAUAUGUACUUAUGCCUUUGAGGAUUUUGUUCUACCAACAGUUCAGUCAAUUUUACUUAUGGUUGUACUUGGUAUUCUAGCCUUCUUUGCUGAGGUCUUGUUAGCACGAGGACUACAACUUGAGAGGAUGGGUAAAGUUGCCAACAUCCAGUACAUGGAGGCAGCACUAACCCAAUUUUGGAGCCUUACUUUGACAUUAGUGUCCCCAGCUUUCGAUCACCUCGUUGGAAUUUUACUUAUUGUUGUUUCUGUAUGUUGUACCAUGUACAUAGGACCUGACAAAGAGAUGGAAUGAUAUGUAUCUGUGUUGGGUUUGCGGCUAAUAUGCUUUGAUUAAUUUGUAUUACUCAAACUUGUUCAUAUUAAAUAUAGUGUCGUUAUUGCCUUUUUAGCCGAAAA